GGCACUACCUUGCUUUUAUUGCCAUGUACCCAAGAUGACAGCCGAAAGAUAUCGAGAUCGACCCGCGCCUCCUCUCGACAUCGGGUUGCGGCUACCACUCCAUUCGUGAUUACUCAGCCGUGCUGGUAUGCGGUUUGGUAGAUGUCGUGUCGAAUCAUGAUGGCGGGGUACCGGAAUGUUGUCCUUUGUGUGCAACCCACGAGUCCACCUAUCAGGUGUCACGGCAUGUCAGCUCUACUUGACCAAUUCUCCGUACCAUAACCCCCGCAGUUCAACCUCGACCCCCCAUCUCACUUCAGUUUGAAUUUCAUGUCAGCAGCAUCACCAGAUUCAGCCAGCUUUCAAGAUGCCUUUCGCGCUCCAGCCCAUUGCCCAGUGGACGGCCAUUUUUGGCCCGGCUGUUUACACUGGAAUCACACUAACUCACUCCACAACCCUCUCACUCCUCGCCACAUCUCCUGUCUUAUCUCCUCCAACAGAGGAGAAACUUCUUGCUAAGCAAUGGCAUCUCAUCUACCGCCAGGGCCCGAACUGGGUGCCUCCUAUCAUCAACUCCGCCGCGCUCUCCAAUGUCUACCUCUGGUAUAAUCACUCCCAAACUCGACUUCAGGGAGGGCUCUAUCUGCUUUCUGCUGGGAUUCUGUGGGGUGUUCUCGCGGUGACGUUUUACUACUUUGAGACAGGGAUCAACGGGGCGUGCAAAUGGCGGCUGGCUAGGUUGUUGAAGGAUGGUGAGGGAACGGGGAAGAUUGUAAUCAAGGGGAUGAAGAAGGGGUGGAUUAUUCCUAGUGUCAACGGGCAUACUGCUUCUGAGGGGAGUAAGAAAUGGGGGGAGGAGACGGGGAUGAGGGAGUUGGUGAUGGGGUGGGUGAGGAGAAAUCAGUGGCGGUGGAUUGCGGUUGGGGUUGCUGGGGGAAUCAGUGGGUGGGCUAGUUUGGGGAGGUUCAGUUGA